AUGAAUAUCACCACCAAAAUCCAACCAACGCCAUCUCACUCCAGCGCUGAGUCCAUUGCCGCUGGCCAGCGAGAGCUGGCAAGUGACAAACAUCGCACAGCCAACAAGCCAUUCCUCCACUCUCAUCACCCAUACCUCAAACCCGAGCCCGAAGCGCAGUCAAGACGCCUUGCCCUUCUUGAAGAAAUAAACCGCACACUACAUGUCGACCCGGUUCUCCCGGUCGAGUUGUUUGACAAAACAUUCCCACGCAAUCCGCGUGACUUGAACAGUCCCAUACUUCCGCAGCUCUUGGCAUUGGUGGAUCUGGAUCUUGGUCCUCCAGAUCCCAACUACGAUUUCAGCAAGACAAAGCUGGGAAGACAAGAAAAGGCCGUGCUCGCUGCAAGAGAAGCCAACAAAGUCCCUGUUCGGAACCACCCCGAGGUCCCAUCGGAGGCCAUUCGUAAGAAGCACCGCAAAAAGAAGCGGGCUCGCCCAGGCAAGGGUGUGGGGGAUCAGAUCAGUGGCGAGGCAGGCGAUGCAGAGGACAAUGUCGCAGGAGCUGGAAAUAUUGCAUAA